AUGAGCGUCUUCCGAUCCUCAGAGUGUGUCUUCUGCCUGUUUUCUCGGUCGUCUCGUCCUGCCGCGGCCUCGCGCCGCCAAUUCCAUGCCACUCGUGUCCAUCAAAAAAGGAAACCGCGGUUUCCAAGCGUCAAAGCUGCGAACACUGAGGUGAAUCUGUCUCAGGCUACGCAAGACUACCGGUCCGCCAAAAAUGGUACAAUCCCACAACACUAUUCCGCCGAGCAACGUGCCGCGAUCGAGGCCGCUCAAAAACUGAUCGAUGCCGAAAAUCUGGAGAAGCAAACGGGCUUGCGGACGGACCCGUGGAAGAUGAAAUACUACGACGACCUGACCAAGAUAGAUCCCGUGGUCGACAAGCCGGUGCGGGCGCCCUGGACGACCAUCGACGACAAUAGCAGAUUAAAGACGGAGGAUGAGCUAGAGGACGAUCUGGUCAACUUCAUGCAGAGGAUCCCGCAACCGAAGCACGAAAAUGACUUCGAUCCUACACUUUGGGACAAGUUCGACAAGAAUCUCAGAUUGACUGUAGGACGCGAAGAGGCCGAGAGGAAGCCCCGGACGGCUCUAGCUCCUGAAUUACCGAACAUUUCAGACACGCCUCCACCCAAGAAGACCACCAAGGGCAAUGAAGUGGUGGUGGAAGAACCCCCGUCACCGGCACUGGUCCGACUGAUGCAGAUGACCGGUUACGACCGACGCCAAAUCAGCCAACUGCGCGUCAAGACCAUCAUUCAGCAUCGGGUGACGAAUCAGACAAGACUGGGCAAAAUCCACAGAGCGUACGUCCUCAGCGUUGCUGGGAACCAGAAUGGAUUGAUCGGUAUCGGCGAGGGUAAAGCUGUCGAGGCCGGUGAUGCUGUACUUCAAAGUCAAUACCGUGCCAUCCGAGCCAUGACCCCAAUCCUGCGUUACGAGGAUCGAACCAUUUUUGGCGAAGUUCGCGGCAAAGUCAGUGCCACUGAGUUGGAACUGUACUCCAGACCACCAGGUUUUGGUCUUCGCUGCCAAAAGUAUAUUUGGGAAAUUUGCCAAUGCGCCGGUAUCAAAGACCUUGCUGCCAGAGUCACACGGGCCCGAAACCCGAUGAACACGGUCAAGGCAGCUGUAGAGGCGCUGAUAAGCCAGAAGGAUCCCGAGGAGAUCGCCAGAGCUCGGGGUAAGAAGCUGGUGGAUGUUCGAAAGGUGUAUUAUGCUGGACAGACUUAA